AUGUCACCCCCGCCGUAUAUUGCCGCUUCUCCAAUGCCAACGAACGGGUUCGAAGCCAUUUUUGAUGACUUUGAGCUUUUGGCAGCCAUAUGUUUUGCCAUUAUAGUCUACUUCCUCUCCUUCACUUUCUACUUCAAAACAGGAAAUAAUGAAUCAGAAUUCGACACUGGGACGGUCGAAGAUCGAUUGCCUGUGUUCCGAGAGCGGGAGAUUGUACAGAUUGAGACAAUGGUUUUCAGUUAUUACAGGGAAGCUAAGGGAAGUGAGAAUGAUGAUGAUUACGAAUGUGUGAUUUGCUUGAAUAAAUUUGAAGAUGGCCAAAAAUGCCAAUGGAUGAAAAAGUGUGGUCAUAUAUUUCAUUGUAGCUGCAUCGAUCGGUGGCUCAGGACGGAGCGGGAAUGUCCGCUUUGCCGAAGCUGCGUUUGCGUCGUCGUCAAUCCAUAA